AUGCAACAUUCAAAGAACAAAAAAGGAGAACCAUUCUACAGGCUUUCAGUGUCAAAGCAGAAGACCAGUUCUGAGAUCAUAAAUGAAGCCAGAGAUAUUCUACGAACAUUGAGAACUCAAAGGCCAUUUACACCUACAGAGGAUCAAAGGAAACUUUUUGGAUCUGGAUCCUCACGAGCUCCUCAAAAUAGACCCCCCUCAACUUUUAGUCUUCAUGCAUCCAGUUUUGACUUGGCUGAAUCAAGACCAGUGUCUGGUAUUCGUCUUAGCCCCCUGCAUAACAAACCAAUAGUCACUUUUGCAAAAGAUGAAGAUUCUUCCAUUUUCCUUCCAAAGCCUCCUGCUGAUGCUGCAGAGCUUAGGAAAGUCAGCAGUGCUCGGGCACACUUACUUAGAAGAGCUUCUCAGGAAAACUUCCUUUCAGCUAAAAUGGUUCCUCCUGAUCAGAAUGAAGAGAAGUUAGAUUCUGAAGAACCAUCUGUAAUUAAUAAUAAUCUUUGCAGAAGUAAUGGCAACUGCUUAGCAGAGCAAAGGUAAUAGACACCAUUUAAUGAUGAAAGUAGUCAAUUAAUUUUUAAUGAGCAUAUCAGCAGGUUGGAGAGGGAAGGCUUCCAAAAAGGGACAGCAGGAAAAUUUUUAUUUCAGCUGAGAGGAGAAAGUGACCAGAUGAAAACGCCUGGAACAAGUUCAUCUCAGCCAAGGAGUACAGUCUGGAAGAGAAGAGUGGCAGGUUUAGAGGAUGAAGUAAGUACAACUGAAUCAGAAGAGGAAGAAAUCUUUUGGCAUAUUAGGAUUCUACCACUUCUGCAUGAAUUGGAAAGAGUAGAAGACAAUAUCGAAAAUCUUUGUUUGGCUUGCACCAAGCUCUACCAAGCCUUGGAUGAAGGAAAUAUGCUUGGAAAAAGAUUCAAAAGAAGACGUGUGCUUCUGAAGACAUUAUAUAAACUGGUAGACUUUGGUUCAGAUCCACUUUGCCUGAAGCUGGCAAAGAUUAUUCUGGCUAUGAGAGUAGAUGGAAAAAAUCUUCUCAGUGUUUGCAAGCUUGCAUUUAAAAUUUGCAAGAAUGAAAAAAAUGAUUACAUCAUUCAAGAUGACAAAUUAUUGGAUUGCUUGUUGGAGGUCCUGAGAACUGAAGAUCCACACAAUAACACUGAAGCUCUCCUGUAUUGCUUGGGAGCUAUAAAAUUCAUGUCUGGAAAUGCAGUACUCCUUAAUGAAAUGGUCAACAAAGGAACUACUGAAAUGUUGCUGCACUUAAUGAAGCAGAUUAAUAAUAUAGAAGAAAAUGACUCAUGUUUCUCCAGCUUGGGCCACCUAUUAGUCCAGCUGACAGCAACUUUGAGAAACUUGGCUGACUUACCCACGGCGAGACGUCAGCUCCUGUGCAGCGGUGCAGUCCCCGAGCUCUCCGUGGCGCUGGAGCAACACAUUUGUGAUAAGGAUGUGUGCACUUACAUUGUCAGGAUAUUCAGCAAACUUUCUUCCUACAAUGACUUCUGUGCAGCUUUAGCAGACUGCUCCAGAUGUUACAUCUUAUUUUUAGCCCUACUAAGCAAACACCAGAAGCAGCAGGAUUUGGUUAUCCGUAUCAUCUUCAUUCUUGGUAAUUUAACAGAAAAUAAUAACCAGGCCCGUGAGCAAUUGUUUAAAGAAAAAGGAAGUGUUGACACCUUGCUGUCUUUAUUCCAAACCUACCAUGAACUUGAUUUGAAUGCACAGAAAUGGUACCAGGAAAGAGGAGGGGAAGAAAAAAAACACCCAAAGCAUCCUUCAGAAGCAGAAGAUGUUCUGAUAAAACUGAUCAGAGUGAUGGCCAAUCUCACCAUUCAUCCUAGUGUAGGAGCAGCUCUAGCUGCUGCCCAUCGUCUUGUAGAAUUACUUGUUACAGUACUAGAAUACAAGUCAGUUGAUGACUGCCAAGAGUUGGUCAUCAAUGCUGUAACAACAAUCAACAAUUUAUCCUAUUACAAAGUGAAGAGUUCUGCUGUUCAAGACAAGAAGCUACACAUUGCUGAAAUGCUUUUAAAACUCUUAAUGAGCAACAAUAUGGAUGGAGUUGUGGAGGCCAUCAGAGUGUUUGGCAAUCUUUCCCAGUAUCAUGAGAUCUGUGACUUCAUCAUACAGAAAAAGAUAUACAAGUUUGUGAUUGCUCUACUUGAUGCCAAGAAUCAAGAUGUCUGUUUUUCUGCCUGUGGAGUUCUGCUCAAUCUCACAGUAGAUAAGAACAAACGAGCUCUUCUCAUGGAAGAAGGAGGAAUUGGAAAGUUAGUUGACUGUUUACGAGACUUUGGGCCAGCUGACUGGCAGCUGGCUUGUUUGAUAUGCAAAACCCUGUGGAACUACAGUGAAGACAUCACAAGCGCAGCCUCAUGCUUUGGAGAAGAUACUGACACGUUGCUGGUGCUACUCACAUCACUGUUAGAUGAAGAGCUAGUGUUGGACUGCAGCCUUGAGAGAGAUUUAAGGGACCACCACAAACUCUAUUGGGAAAGAGAGUUCAAACCUAUGGCAGAAAAGCUUCUUGACAGAAUCCAACGCCAUCACUCCAUUCUUCCCACUGUGACUAUUACUCCAUUUUAAUCAGUCAUUAGUUCUCUUGGUUGUAUAGAUUGUACAGUUUUAUAUUUAUAAU